ACAAAAUUCAUCCCUAUAAUGCACUCUUGAUACCCAACAGUAAUGCGGAGAGGCCCCCGCUUCACAAGGCAAUUCGGAGCCAAAAUUAGAAAAGAGAACAGAAAGAACCAACGCGAGGAGGCUGGAGGCGAGAGGCGCGAGAUUGCCGGUGGCGCAGGAUAGUGAGAUUACUGGUCUUUUUUAACAUCUUGGGCGUAUCAAGAUGUCUGGAAAUGAUUCUCAGGCUGCAGCUGAUCGAAUAAAGGCACAGGCCUUAUCGAACGCUAAGGGAUUGAGCAGGGCUCAAGCUGAACGCGCAGCGGAAGCUGCUGCUCGCAAUGUCAAUGCUUAUGGGCAGAAGGAAGAGGGGCCAAGCCGCUGGCAGGAGAGGAAGGAAGCCAAGAGGCAGAUGUAUUUGAUGAGUACGGAGAAGGCUGUGAAACUGGGUGUGAGACCAAAUGCUAUGCCAACUUCUUCUGCUGGUGGCCAAUGUCAGAAGUGCUUCCAGCCUGGUCAUUGGACAUACGAGUGCAAGAAUGAACGGGUCUACAUCUCGCGUCCCUCGAGGACAGAGCAGCUUAAGAAUCCCAGGUUGAAGAAGGCGUGGCUACCAGCUUCCUCUCAAUUUGUGAACCCUGAUCUCGAGAAGGAGAUGGAGGAGGAAAGGAAGCUGAUGAAAGAGAAGCUGAAGAAGGAAAAGUCUGAAAGAAGGAAGGUAAAGAGUAAGGUGAAGAGCAAGAGGAAACAUCGUGCUUCGGUGUCUGAUUCUGACUCCGAUUCUGAAUCAUCAGCGACUGGCUCUGAGUAUUCUUCUGAAAGCGGCAGUUCAAGUGACAGUUCCUCAGACUCGGAGGACAACAAGAAGCGUCGACGUAAAACCAAGCAGAAGAAGCGAAGGCACCGAAGGGACAGCACGUCGUCGUCGUCCUCUGAAUCUGAAUCUGACUCGGAUUCUGACUCUGAUGACAAGGGCAGCCGAAGGAAGAGUAAAAGGCGCAGCGACAAGCGCCGAACCUGAAGAACCAGAGAAGGUGACGGGGAUGGCGAAUGUCAUGUUCUGAUUCUUCUUGUGCCAGACUCCUUCCAAGAGACGGAUCACAAAUGUAUCAGUUGAUUUCCUGAACGCCAGUUCUUCACUCUCAUGUUUCCUGUUCUAAGAAGUACCCCUUUUUGAAAGACUAUUAAGAAGUACUUGAAGCUAUAGAUGUUUCCUGUAUUCUAUUAUGUUUGACCGCGCAGCAAAUCCUGCAACUAUAUUCAUCAUCGAUGAGCUUGUUAGUACUAUUUUUUUUGCUUAUC